AUGUCACCAGGACGCGCUGCCUGCAUUCACACAUUCAAGGAGUAUCACGAGGAAGAAGAAGAAGAAGAAGAAGAAGAAGAAGAAGAAGAAGAAGAAGAAGAAGAAGAAGAAGAAGAAGAAGAAGAAGAAGAAGAAGAAGAAGAAGAAGAAGAAGAAGAAGAAGAAGAAGAAGAAGAAGAAGAAGAAGAAGAAGAAGAAGAAGAAGAAGAAGAAGAAGAAGAAGAAGAAGAAGAAGAAGAAGAAGAAGAAGAAGAAGAAGAAGAAGAAGAAGAAGAAGAAGAAGAAGAAGAAGAAGAAGAAGAAGAAGAAGAAGAAGAAGAAGAAGAAGAAGAAGAAGAAGAAGAAGAAGAAGAAGAAGAAGAAGAAGAAGAAGAAGAAGAAGAAGAAGAAGAAGAAGAAGAAGAAGAAGAAGAAGAAGAAGAAGAAGAAGAAGAAGAAGAAGAAGAAGAAGAAGAAGAAGAAGAAGAAGAAGAAGAAGAAGAAGAAGAAGAAGAAGAAGAAGAAGAAGAAGAAGAAGAAGAAGAAGAAGAAGAAGAAGAAGAAGAAGAAGAAGAAGAAGAAGAAGAAGAAGAAGAAGAAGAAGAAGAAGAAGAAGAAGAAGAAGAAGAAGAAGAAGAAGAAGAAGAAGAAGAAGAAGAAGAAGAAAACUCCGAGGAGGAGGAGGAGGAGGAGGAGGAGGAGGAGGAGGAGGAGGAGGAGGAGGAGGAGGAGGAGGAGGAGGAGGAGGAGUAUCAUAAAGGUUAAACAACUGACAGUGGAACCAAAAGAUAAGAUAAAGGAGGAGUUGGAGGAAGAAAAAACUAAGACAUAGGGGAGGAGGAAGAAGACGAGGAGGACAGCGAAGACGAGGCGAGCGUCAGGAGGGGACAGCGUCAUUAAAGUAAAAGAGAAGCUGAAAGUGAAGGGAAGCGAUGAGGCAAAGACACGGAAGGGCGGGUCAGUCUG